AUGCAGUGGCAUGACCUCCAUCGACACCUCCCGGGCUUUGCGGAUGUCGCAUUCAUUUGGGAUGGCGUCCAAGACAACCCACAUAUCGUUGCCCACUACCUGCUUCUGAGAUUCCAGGCGUUGACGAACCACGUUCUCCGUCCGUUUCUCGGCUUUACCGACUCCUGGCACCGGUUCGAGUGGCAGGCCCGCGGUUCCGGCCACCUCCAUUGCCUCUUCUGGAUCCCCACCGCCCCUCCCCUCGACUGUGAGAUAGACGACGUGCGGGCGGCAUUCGCCCAAUACUGGGGUGCCAGGAUUACCGCGUGGAAUCCGGACCCGCUACGAUUACCGGAUGCCCGGAAUCCCGCUUCUCUGGCCCUCGUCGAUGUCGCCAAUACCGCGAAUCAAUUUGCGGCCCUUCUCAAUCGCCUCUAG